GAACUUUCAACUUCUUUGAGUCAACUAGACCACCGAAUGCACUACUGCAAUGAUUAACAAUAUUAGAGAUGAGAGUGACCAUCCAACCAUCGUCUAGCGAAUCUCUUCAUAGGGGCAUCAACCAACAGUUUCACUACGACUUCUGACACGAGAAGAAUCGAGAAAUGGCAGAGUGGAUACCUGCAGUUGUAGCGACGGUGUUGUUCGUGGUUCUGACACCGGGAUUGAUGUUUCAGGUUCCCGGCAACAAUAACUUUGUAGACUUUGGGAAGAUGGAGACGAGCGGAUACUCAAUCCUUCUUCACUCCUUCAUUUACUUCGGCCUCGUCACUGUCUUCACCGUUGUCAUCCACUUGCCUGGCACUUAAAUUAUACUCUAUACAUACAUACAUACACAGAUAUUUCAAUUUAAUAGUCUCUAUCUAUACUUGAAACUUAUUUUUCAUAUAUUAUCAGCUUUUUACCAUAUUUGCGUUGUUCACGUUGUUUAUUAUAUGUGUAUCUUUUUUUUUGGCUACUUAUAUGUGUAUCUAUACUACUGUUUUGUACUUUAAAUAAUGAUUCUAAAGUAAUUCACAUAAGAUGAACCAAAAAGAAGGAAAAUUAGUAAUGUAAAAUCUUUUAGGCUAUUUUCAGAAUGAAAACUAGUAAUGUAAAACUUUUUGUCCUAUUCACUCUAUAAGUCACAUUAUUUACGAAAAUGUC